AUGAAUAUAAAAAGACAAGUGCCCUCAUCUUCGUUUUUCGAUGUUUCUAAAGGCUCAUUAUGGCUGAACACGACUGCAUCUCGUAACAUCAGUGAGGCCAUCCAAGAAAAUUUCUAUAUCUACUCUUCCAAACAUCAAACAUUCAAAAUCAAGACCCUAUAUUUGUAAGGUCAUUUCAUUUUUAAGAAGAAAAAGAAUGGUUAAAAUAAAAUAGCUGACAUAAUAAAUGCAACCAUCUGUGAAAUAGAACAACCUAAUUAUGGGGCAGGAAUCAAAAUUACAAAGUAUGGACAAACCAUAGAAAUUUAUGGAAUGAUCAUAAGUUGGCUAUCAUAACUUAAGUUUUAUUGUGUUCAAUAGGAUUUUGCAAAUAAAUAUUCAAUAAUUACAUUGCUUGGAAAAGGAACAUUUGGAAAAGUUUAUAAAAUAAAAUCCAGAACUACUCAUUAAAAUUAUGCUGUCAAAGUAUUCGAUAAGAAAUCUCUUAUAAGUUAUUCAGACUAUUUAGUUAUAACAAAAGAAUUGUAAAUAGUGCGUACUUUGAGUCAUUCUGCCAUAACUCACUUUUAUGAAACUUUUGAGAAUGCUGAAUUCAUAUUCAUUGUCUAUGAAAUGGUCGAAUAAGGCGAGCUUUCUACAUUAAUCAAAGAAAGAUAUCUCUCUGAAGAAGAAUGUCUCUAUGUCACUAAGCAAUUGCUCUAAGCAUUAUUGUUUAUGCAUGCCUAAGGCAUAAUGCAUAGAGACUUGAAGCCUUCCAACAUAUUGUUGAAAGACAAAAACUCACUGCAAAUUGCAAUUACUGAUUUUGGAUUGGCUGAUUUCUACAGAAGUGAUGGCAAAUAUAUCUAUACAAGAUGUGGAACUCCAGGGUUUGUGGCACCUGAAGUACUUUAAGACAAAAUCUAUGAUUACAAAAUUGAUAUCUAUAGUGUUGGAGUCAUCUUAUUCAUGUUAUUGUCUGGAGGCAAGUCUCCCUUCUAAGGACCCGAUGCUGAUGAACGCUUAUAUCAAAACUACAAAGGUUCAGUGGAUUACAGUCUAUUGUAGAAUGUAUCCGAAAAAACAUUCAAUUUGUUAUAAUCUAUGCUUGAAUUGGAUCCUUCUAAAAGAACUUCAGCUAAAGUAGCCCUGAAUCAUUAAGUAUUUAGAAAUUGCAAGGCUACCAAAUUAUCAUUAAUAAUGAAUAAAACUCCCAGAGGAAAUGAGAAAAUACUGAGUCCUAGACUCAAAAUAAAUACAAAUACCAAUUUAGACAAAUAUUUGUAAUUGAGUCCCAGACUUCUGAAUAUAUAAUAAAAACCAGUCAAUAAUAUGAAAAAAGAGGCGAUUAGAAGAGGCUUUAAAAAAAUGCAGACUUUCUCUCAUCGAUCCCCAUAACUUUCGCCAAUUAAAACCUAAACAAAAUUCGAACCAUUUCCAUGA